AUGGAGAGAAAACCUUCCUGCAGCAUUAUAAACAUCAGCAGCAGUGAUUGGGAAGAAAAUAGACAGGUAAGUCCCAUCAAACUCUCCAGCAACAACGUGGAGAGAAAAACUUCCUGCAGCAUUGUUAACAUCAGCAGCAGUGAUUGGGAAGAAAACAGGCAGGUAAGUAUUAAGAACCACAGCGAUGGCAAGGAAGUCUCCAGUAACAUCAGGAAGAGGAAAAGAAGCAGCAGUAGCCUCACUGACAACAGCAGCGAUUGGGGAGUGAACAGUGGAGAAAAAUUUAAAAAGGUGAGUAUUAAAUGUAAGAACCACAGUGAUGGCGAGGAGGAAAGGCAGAAAAAGAGGAUAAAAGUCUCCAGUGACAUCAGGAAGAGGAAAAGAAGCAGCAGUAGCAUCACUGACAACAGCAGCGAUUGGGGAGUAAAUAGUGAUGGCGAGGAGGAAAGAAAGAAAAAGAGGCAAAAACUCUCCAGUGACAUCAGGAAGAGAAAAAGCGGCAGCACAGACAGCAGCGCUGGAGAAGGAUGCAGCCAGAGGCCCUGUGUUCAGGUCAGGAGGCCCCUCGCUUUGGACAUCACAAGCUACACAUUCCAUCGUGUACUUGGACGGGGUACAUUUGGCAAAGUCAUGUUGGCUUCCACACCUACCAACAGUCAACAAGUGGCCAUUAAGGUCAUUGUGAAGAAGCCACGGAUGGCGAACAGACAGAGCAUUCUGCGGGAGGCACGAGUGCUAAGGGUUGCUGCUGGGCACCCAUACCUGUGCCAUAUGCAUGCAACCUUUCAAACACAGGUAAAAGAUAUUGCCAGUCAUGCCAUGCAAUUUAUUUAA